ACCGGGAGCCCUGUAGCGAUGGAGUCACCCGCGGGGCUGCCCCGGGGGGGGGAGACCUGAGCGGCGGUCGGUGCCUCCGGAGAAAAGUGCUCGGAGAGCGGCGGCCCGGGUCGGUGGCAGGUGCCUCCGCUGUAAGUGCCCUUACAGAGUAACUUGGAGACUUAAGAGACUUUGUUUUGAUUAUUGCUGCUGCCUGGAGCUUCAAAAUGAUGCUGGCAGAGCAAGCCCAGAAGUGGUUCCCAACUCACGUGCAAGUCACGGUUCUUCAAGCCAAAGGUCUGAAGCCCAAAGGCAAAAGUGGCACCAACGAUGCGUACACCAUCAUCCAGCUGGGCAAGGAGAAGUAUUCCACCUCCGUGGCUGAGAAGAGCCUGGAUCCAGUGUGGAAGGAAGAGGCCUCCUUCGAGCUGCCCGGAUUGCUGAUGCAGGAGAACCCGGACAGGUACAUCCUGUACCUGAUUGUCAUGCACAGGUCGCUGGUGGGGCUGGACAAGUUCCUGGGACAGGUGGCCAUAAGUCUGAACGAUGUAUUUGAGGAUAAGCAAAGAAGGAAAACAGAGUGGUUUCAACUAGAGUCCAGACAAGGGAAAAGAACCAAAGACAGAGGAGAAAUAAAAGUCAAUAUUCAGUUUAUGAGGAAUAACAUGACAGCAAGUAUGUUUGAUUUGUCAAUGAAGGACAAAACCAAAUCCCCUUUUGCUAAACUAAAAGACAAAAUGAAGGGUCGAAAAAAUGAUGGGACAUUUUCAGAUACGUCAUCUGCAAUCAUUCCAAGUACUCACAUACCUGAUGCGAACGUAGAGCUAUGUAGUGGUGAAGUACAAAUGAAAUCAAAACCAAAAAAGCCUUUCCUUUUGGGACCUCAGAGGCUAUCUUCAGCUCAUUCGAUGUCAGAUUUAACAGGAUCCCAUGUCUCCUCAGAAAAAUUAAAAUCCAGCACAGUUGGCUACUCUCAUCUUUUCAAGCGUCAGCUGGAAUCUUUUGGUUCAGUUGAUGAAGGAGGAAGUCUAAAAUCUCCGCACAGGAGGACAUUAAGUGUUGAUACUUCUAAAAUGAACCAACUGGACAGCACAGCUGAUGAAACUGCACCGGAAGCACAAAAUGACCCAUUUACCAACGUGAGUGCUUCGUUACCCCAAAAAUUCGCUACACUGCCAAGACAGAAGAAUCCAUUUGAAGAAAGCCCAGCAACGUGGGAUCAAAACAUAAAUCUGUUUUCCAAACCUGUUGAAAUCAAAAAAGAAAUUAGAAAAGAGAAAAAAGAGAAGGUUAGUCUUUUUGAAAGAGUGACUGGCAAAAAAGAUAGCAGGAGGUCGGAUAAACUUAGCAAUGGGGGAUCAGAGAGCUCCACUGACUUGAAAUCACCGAGUGCAUUUGGUGAAACUCAUCAGGAGAGUUUUGAUUACGAGUCGACUAAUCCGUUCAUGACAAACUUCAAGCCUACAAGCAUGUUGCCAUCUUCAAGUUUUAACGUGAAUCCUUCUGGCACUGAGGACCUCAGGAAAACAAUGGUGAGUUGUGAAGUGUUAUGGAAAGCUAUCAGCAAAUACCAACUAACUGGUGCCCAGUACAAUGAUGGAAAUCCUUUUGACGCCACUGCAGGAUACCGGAACCUCACCUACGAGGAGGUUUUACAAGAGCUGCUGAAACAUAAAGAGCAGCUUAAGAAGAAGGACAGCCAUAUUCGUGAACUGGAGGAUUACAUUGAUAAUCUUCUUGUACGAGUGAUGGAAGAAACACCCAGUAUUCUCAGAGUGCCAUAUGAACCUUCUCGAAAGGCUGGCAAAUUCUCCAAAAGCUAAGAUGGUGACACUUGGUGGGACUUUCUGCUGAGUACGGUAGUGGAAGGAAAUAACAUUUCAACGUUUUGACUUCUUUUCAUUCCUUUUUGUUCUAAAAAAAAUUCCAGACAUUGGGAGGAUGGGACUGUGGCGAAGUUUUUGGUGUUGCUAUUUGACUUUUGGUUUUAAUUCGAAACACUUGCAGGUACUGCCAAAAUGGUACUUCAUUGGGUUAGCUGAACAAGUUUGUUUAUUUUUCCUUUUGGAGAACAACUUUAGCUGCAGCAUAUUUACUGUAGAGUAAAUAACACACAUGAAUGCAGUGUCUGUGUCCACACUGUCCAUGUAGCAUCAGCUGGGAUACCCUGUGCUUUUUUGAAUGUUUUCUUGACUGAUAAUUAAUAUUAUGCAAAUAUGUCAAUUCUGGUAUUAUGGCAUGCCAUUAAGGCCACUGUUUUCAAGCCAGUGUAGAAUCUAAGCGUGGCUUGUUGCAAUGGAAUGCAGUUUGUUUUACACACAGAGGAAAACAGUGAUGCACAAUCUUUACAGAGUAAAUGCUGUACUGUAUGCAGUAUGCUUUUGUAUGGCAAUGUGAACAAUACCAUGCCAUUUCACUAAUGGCACAUGUGGGAAUGAGUUAAUUUACACUUAAGUGCAGAUUUUUUGUGUAUAACGAUUGAACUUUGGUGGCGAACUCAUUACAUGGGAUUAUUUUGCAGAUCUUUUUGUAUGAAGUUAUUGCAUGCUUUUUUUAUGCAUUAAAGUACUUUGAACAGUGUUAAUAGAGUCAGAAGUAGGAUGGAAGAAAAGUUGGAAUAAGGUAAGAGUACUUUGUUCAGCCAAGGUCUGCUACAGUAAAAGUAUAGGAGAAAUGAACAGACUGAAUUAAAAAGACAUGGUAAUUCUGAAAAUGUAGAACUGACUGAAUUUAAGGUUGAGUUUAACGUGAUCUCUAUCUCCUAGGUUUUUUUAAACUUAUGAGAACAAAAUAUAAGCCUUUAGAAAUAGGCUGUGUUGCUGAAACAUGUCUAGGGGAAGAGGUUCAAUUUAGUUUAUUUUUUUAGAAAGGUUUGUAUUCUUUAUAAGUACUUUCAGUUCUCUUUGAGGCAAAUGAAAGAAUGUUGUACAAGUCUUCCUGAUCAUUUAAUAAUUGUAAGAUGACAGAUGAAAAGGAUAUCUGUUAUUCAAUAAAAUGGCUAAAUAAGGUGAUAAACAUAUUAAGGCAAAAUAGUGUAGGAGAAGAAUCCUUACAAUAUUAAUGUAGGUAGAUUUUAAUUUCCUUCAUAAGAGCCUCAGUUGGAUUUUCUAUUGCUGUGAAACAGUAAGAAACUAGUAGAACAAAAAAAAAAGGUACAGAUAAUAUUUUAGAUUUGGAUUUUAAAAGAAUGACUGUCUUUUCACCUCUUCUUUCUACGCCUGAUCUGUUUUCUUACAUAACGACAGUAAUAGCUGUUUUGAGAAAGAAAAAAGCAUAACAUUCCUCUUUUUUUUCAUGCUGCAAAAAAUCUGUUUUUUUGUUUUUAAAGCCACAAAGAUUAUCUUAAAUAACUAUUAUCUGGAAGAGAUGAAAUGGAUCUACUGUCUGAAUACUUUUGACAAUGUUAGCUUUAUAUGACAGCAAAGGAAUAUACUUCUUAGACAAAAAAUAAUUUGGUACAAUCAUUCCCACAUUUCAUUUUCUUACUUUUUAUUCUUUUCUCCUUCUUUUCGCGCUCAUUUUUUUAUUUUCUCCCAUUUUUAGGAGCUAUCUCCCAAACCCCUAAUGUUAAACUUCAUGCAGUUUGAGCAUUCUCAGCCCUGUGUUGGGAUCCACCAGUGCAGGUCAUUUUGCCUGGACGAAGCCUCAGUCAUUUGAGACAAAGAAACAGGCCCACUUCAUCAAGUGAUUUCUCCAUUGACAGCCAAAAGAUUUAUCAAGUUCUGUAUCUUGUAAACCACAUGAAUGUCUUUCUGACCCACUUAAGGUCUGUAUGACUGUAAAUUUGCUGUAAUAUAUUCGAAGUGCCAAAGGUUAUAUACAAGUUAUGGUACAUUUACUGUUGGAAGUUAGUUUUGCACUCAUUUUUAUUUCCUAAUUACACCAAGAUGUAUUUCAGAUACGCAGUAUUUCCAUGCAAGUUCUUGAACAUUUUUCCAUGUUUGGCUAAGGCAAGUGGUUUUCUCAUAUUGUUAACGGGGAGGAGUUGUGCAAUUGUCUUGAAUUCAACAGUCAUUUUCAAACUGACUGGUACACGUGAGGCAGUGUGUAGUAUCCAUAACGAUUAAACCAUACACACCAGUGGGGUUUAACAAGUAAAUACACUCCAAUGACUUUUCACUUGCAAGCCAACUUAUAAUUAUUAAAAUGAAACUCUACUAUAUUUAGCACCUCUGAAAUCACUCCUUUUAGAAUGUAAAUGUAGAAUAUCAAACUGCAUAAUUGACUAAAAGCAGAUCGUUUGACAUAUUUGCAUACCGACCACGAUAAGCAGAUUAAAGGUAGCGAAAAGAUCAAUUUUUGUGCAUUAGUGAAGAAAUUUAGUGAAGCUUUGAAUGCGCUAUCUCGUCUUUAUCUGAUCUGUGGGGGAAUAAAUGCACCUUUUGUUUCCAGCAGUGUAUCAAGAGAGAGAGGAGAACGACAAAUGCAAUUUAGGAAAGGGUGAAGUUACCAGAAGGGACGGGAAUUUCAACUCUGAAUUUUUAUAUGGAGUUCUUAUGGCUAAAGAUAUAAGCUCUUCUAGGGCAAUUUUGGAAAAAUUGCACACCUGUCAUUUUCUGCUUAAAAUGAAAAUUUUAACAUUUUUCUACAUUUUUGAGACUGUUUUUGAAGUACACCUUCAUCCCACCUGUAUUUGAUGGAGCAUGCAGCUUUCAAAUGAAAACAUUUCAAACGGAGUGAUUUAUAUGCUGAAAACAAAGUAAGUUCUGUUUCUCCAGUAGGACAAAACUGUAAAUUCUCCGACAGAUCAUUUAAAAAUUAUAAUAACUUGCCACUUACAAUUAGUCUUUCUUGCCCUCUGAAAUGUAGGGAUGAGAACUUGGGGCACAUUAUUUUGGUCUCUUCUGUCAAAAGUAAGAAUGAAAGUUCAUCCGUGCACACCCUGUACUUGAAAAUUCUCCUUUCAAACAUCUCUGCUCAUAGCAAUGUACUUUCCUUACUUCAGAGAACAAAUAUCAAGGCUGUAUUUUAGUUUUGUAAGUAACAUUUACUUUCUACCGUCCUGGAAGGAUGUUUAAUAUUUAUAUAUGUUACCUCGUGCUGCUGUAUUUUAUGUUUAGCUUGGUUUUCCACCUACUAAUGAAUGUAGCAUUCUCCCUAGAUUAUACAUAGCUACAUUUAUUGCUGUUGGCUCUGUAUCAAGAACUAUUUGUAACUUUCCAGCUGUGAAAAUGUUGCCUUGCAUUUAGAAAGGCUUUAUGAUGUGGGGACCUAAUGAAACUCAGGCUCAUUAGGUACUAGUCUGCAUUUCUUUCUCUAGAGGAUGCCCUUUCUUAGAUGCAUCUAAAAACAACUGUUGUCUUAAUAUGUUUACUGCUGCACUGGAGGCUUAUUUACACUUCCAGCUUUAAAGAAAAAAUAUUGUCCUAUAUUAAGUAUGUAAAGUAUGCUUUUUUGCUGUUUAUGUAUCCAUUACUGUUGCUGAUAUGAUAGAGUUGUUAGCUCUGUGAUUUUAAAAUGGUGAUAUGUGAAGCAUGUUACCUAACUUCCUCUCUUUGAAGUCCGUGAUGAAGGAUAAUAGUGCUGCUGCAUUCAUGAUGCUAGAUGUAAGGGUCUGUCAGCACCUUCAGUUUGAGACACUAUUUUCAGGAAUUUAUAACUUCUAAAUCUGCAUACAGGCACUGGAAGUAUUUAAUAUGCAAUAGGUAGCACUUUAAUCUGUUUAUGAAGGGUUUUGAGAUUUGUUUCUGUUGGAAAAAGUCACAACCUCCUGUAGCAUAGAGAGCGUUUACUUUGCCUUUCACAAUUUGUUCAUCAGCCACUGUAUAUUACAAGUGAUAGAGCCAUUCCUAUUCAUCUUAGAAGCUUCCAGGUGUCUUGUGUUACGAUAUGCUGUAAAAAACUGAAGAUCCAGGUUAUAUAGGAAGUCUGUAAAAGAUUCUACCUUAGGGGUUAAUUUUGUCUUGUGCAAUCAAUGGUACUUUGUCUACAUUUAAUAAUGGUACAGAAUCACAACUAUAUGCACAUGUGAGAACUGUAAACCUAGGAUGCAUGAAAAAACUUUAUUUUUGUUUCAUUAUUGCAACUUCAGCUCUUUAAUUUGAUUACAAUGUUAUCUCAGUAUUUUAAUUUCUGUCCAUUAAAACAAUAUUGCAUGUCUAACACUAAUAAAGCACCACAGUGCACUACCACA